AUGUCCUCAGCUAGUGUAAAUUCACCAAACUCCCCUAGGGAUUCUGCCUCACUCACCGAUGAGGAGCCACAGGCGUUUGUAGGUGAUAACGACAGCAACGCACAGAACCUGUCCAGGGUUCACACACAGCUCUCGAGAGUCCACACGAUACUCUCGCACAUAGGUAACAGGGACGACCCGGACCUGGAGAAGCUGGUGUCCAAUAACCAGGGUGUGGACGACCUGGUGAAGGAAUUGGAGCUGGACGCCGGUGGCUUGGGUCCACUGGAAGAAGGUAUCGACAUCUCAAGAGUCCACACCCACGCGCUGCCAGGCGGUACGUUCAACCCAGAAGAUGAAUGGCAGUAUCCAACAGACGCCACCACAGGUGUCAGAAUCGUCGAGUUUGUUGAGAACGACAAGGUGGACCCUAGAAAUUACUCGAAGUUGAAGAAGUGGUACCUGACCAGCUUGCUGGGUAUUGUGUGCUUUGACGUCGCAUUGGCCUCAGGUAUCGUCACAGGUGGUAUGGAAGGUCCCAUGGAGACGUUUGGAGUCUCCAUGGAGGUUUCCAUCCUGGCGGUUACGUUGAUGGUUAUCGGUUUCGGUAUCGGACCCUUGAUCUUUGCACCAAUCAGCGAGGAGAUUGGUAGAUAUCCUGUUUACGUGGUCACCUUGGGCCUGGCGGUGAUCUUCAUCAUUCCAUGUGGUGCUGCUCAGAACAUCGGGACGUUGCUGGUCUGUAGAUUCCUGAACGGGCUGUUCUUCUCUGCCCCAAUGUGUCUUAUCGGCGGUAACUUGGCUGAGAUGUGGAGCACAGAGGAAAGAGGUGUUGCGAUGGCGAUCUUCUCAGCGGCUCCGUUCAUUGGCCCUGUCAUUGGUCCACUGAUUGGUGGUUUCAUCUACGACAACGCGGGCUGGAGAUGGCUGUACUGGGUUUUGUUGAUCUUCUCCGGUGUUGUCUACGCAGUCCUCAUCGUCACGCUUCCAGAGACUCACCAUCAGACGCUGUUGAGAAAGCGUGCUAAGAAGCUGAGAAAGAUCACUGGCGACUCCACCUACCGUGCCAUCUCUGAAUUGCAGAUCCGUUCCAUCAAAGAGGUGUUACACUCUACUCUGCUGAGACCACUGAUUCUUCUACAAGAGCCAAUUGUGUUUCUGAUCACCAUUUACAUGUCCAUCAUCUACGGCUUGCUUUACAUGUUCUUCUUUGCUUACCCUGAGGUCUUUGGUGUCGGUAAAGGCUACUCAAAUUCCACCGUUGGUCUGAUGUUUAUCCCAAUCGCUAUCGGUGUCAUUGUUGCAACUGCCGUUGCACCACUGUUCAACACUGAUUACAACAAACGUGCCCAGAAAUACAUUGACCGUGGCGAGGUGCCACCAGCAGAGCUUAGAUUGAUUCCAAUGAUGAUUGGAUGUUGGACCGUGCCAGUUGGUCUCUUCUGCUUCGCAUGGACUUCUUACCCUAGAUUGAGUUGGGCAGGUCCUUGUAUCUCUGGUUUUGCCUGUGGUGUUGGAUUCAACAUGCUUUACAACCCAGCUAACAACUACAUUGUCGACUCAUACCAGCACUAUGCUGCUUCAGUUUAUCAUGGUAUUUCCUUCCCUUAUCGUGAGAGAUUGUUGAUGUAUUACUUUGGAGAUUUACAGCCUGAACUGGCCAUUUCCACCUAA